UUACCAUUCAGCAAGAUAUAUUAGUGACCAUGAAGUUUGGUCAUACUCCGUAGUUUUUUCCUGAUUGCUUCAUUUUUAAGGGACAUCAGUGUGAGGCCCAUGGAUCUUGAUCCUCAUUUUACUGGUAACAUCCUAACAUUGAACUUGCUCUCUUUACCAAUUACCAACUGUUCUGCAGAUACUACGGAGUUUUUUUUUUGCAUUUGGCAUAAAAGGAACAUUAUGUGAUUUGAAGAAAGUUGAGUACUGUUGUAAAAAGUGCUAUGCGGUAAUCUGUGGCUGAACACCUAACGGGGGAUUACUCAGAUUAGGUGAAUACUUGGGGCUGGGGACUUUAUACGACAAUUCUCCUGCUCAUAAAUUGAUAAGAACUAUUCCAUAUAGAUAUUAAAAGAGGGACCAGAAAUGUUUGAAAUGAAAUACAGAUAAAUGCAAUAUUGGAAAAUAGGAGUGCUCAGCAGUUCAGCACCUCGUUCGCAGAAUCGCCGUUCAGUACCUCGUUCGCACUUAGCAGUUCAGCAGUCAGCACUCAGCACUUCGUUCGCAGUUCACCAUUUCACUACUCCCUGCCGACUCUCCGUCUCCUUCGCAGAUUCUUCGUUCGCAGAAUCGCAGUCUUCCCUUUCGCAGAGUCUUCGCGCAGAGGAUGUUGGCAGCCCGCAAGGAUAGGUAUGUUUCAAAGACUUGGACACUCUUUCGGAUUCAUCACCAAACCUAUUUAACUAGUAGGAAUUACAAUCAUAAGUCAUUGAGUGGUAUUGAAGUAAACAGUGAAGAGAUUGUAACUAAACUCCAUUCUUGCACUGAGUUCUAUACUGCAAAAUGCCUUCACGCCCUUCUUAUCGUAUUUGGAGAGGUUCAGAGUGUUCAUGCUGGCACUAAACUUAUAAAUGUUUAUGCACGCCUGCGGAAUAUUUCUCUUUCUCGUAGUAGUUUCGAUCAGAUUGGGAAGAAAAAUACCUACACUUGGAACUCAAUGAUAUCCGCAUAUAUUCACAAUGGCAGACUACAUGAAGCUCUACGCUGUGUAUAUCAAAUGUUGUCAUCUCAUGAUGCUCGGCCUGACUUUUAUACUUUUCCACCUAUUUUAAAAACCUGCCACAAUGUAUUUGAUGGGAUGAGGAUUCACUGCUGGGUUUCAAAACUAGGUCUGGAAUGGGAUGUAUUUAUAGCUGCCUCUUUGGUGCAUAUGUACUGUCGUUUUGGAUUUUGUGAUGGUGCUCUCAUGAUUUUUAAUGAUAUGCCCUUCAGGGAUAUGGGCUGUUGGAAUGCUGUGAUUUCUGGGUUCUGUCAAAAUGGGAAUGCUGAAGGUGCACUGUGUAUCAUAGAUAAGAUGAGAUCGGUUGGCAUUAAAAUGGAUGGAAUGACUGUAGCAAGUAUUCUUCCCAUUUGUGUUCAAAAGAAUGAUAUCCUACGUGGGGUGCUAAUUCAUUUAUAUGCCUUAAAACACGGGCUAGAGUGGGGGGACAUAUUUGUUUCAAAUGCACUGAUAAACAUGUAUGCCAAAUUCGGCGAGUUGGGGCAUGCGGAGAAGCUCUUUAAUCAAAUGGUGGUUCGAGAUUUAAUCACUUGGAACUCAAUGGUCUCUGCAUAUGACCAAAACAAUCAACCCAAUAAAGCACUCAAGUGCUUUUCAGAGAUGCAGCUAAGUGGAUUCGAACCUGAUUCGUUAACACUAAUGACCUUAGCUUCUAGUAUUGCCCAGACUAAAAAAAUUGAGCACAGCACAACCAUUCAUGGGUUCAUCCUAAGGAGAUGUUGGAUACUUGAAGAUGUUGUGCUAGGUAAUGCAAUAGUGGACAUGUAUGCCAAAAUGGGUUACAUUGACUAUGCACGUGAGGUUUUCUAUAAUCUCCCUUGUAAAGAUGUGGUUUCUUGGAACACUAUGAUCACAGGCUAUGCGCAGAAUGGCCUUGCAAGUGAGGCCAUUGAAGCGUACUCCUUGAUGAAGGAGUGUGAGGGAAUAACACCCGAUCGAGGAACGUGGGUCAGCAUUUUGCCGGCUUAUUCCCAUGUAGGGUCAUUGAGAGAAGGGAUGAAGACUCACGGACAGGUAUUCAAGGUAUGUCUCCACUUAGAUGUCUUUGUGGGUACUUGCCUGAUUGACCUCUAUGGCAAAUGUGGGAGACUUGGAGAAGCUAUGUCUUUGUUUUAUGAAAUUCCCAGGGAUAAUUCGAUCCCUUGGAAUGCCAUGAUAUCUUGUCAAGGAGUUAACGGGCAUGGUCUAGCUUCUCUUUCACUAUUUAGAGAUAUGUUGGAUGAUGGGGUUAAACCAGAUAGUGUAACAUUCUUAUCAAUUUUUUCUGCCUGCAGCCAUUCUGGUCUGGUUGAUGAGGGAAAACGGUACUUUGAUUUGAUGCAGCAAAAGUUUGGGAUAAAACCCAGUCUAAGGCACUAUGGGUGUUUGGUUGAUUUAUUUGCUAGGGCUGGUCAACUAGAAAUGGCAUAUGAUUUCAUUACAAAGAUGCCUUUACAGCCAGAUGCUUCGGUUUGGGGCGCUCUUCUCAGCGCUUGUAGAGUUUAUGGAAAUGUUGAGUUGGGUAAGUUGGCCUCUGAUAACUUAUUUUCGGUCAACUCAGAAGAUAUUGGGUACUAUGUUUUGUUAUCAAACAUUUAUGCAAAUUCAGGAAAAUGGGAAUGUGUGGAUGAUGUGAGAUCAUUAGCAAGAGAUAGGGGAUUAAGGAAGACACCAGGGUGGAGCUCUAUUGAAAUAAGGAAUAAGAUUGAGGUUUUCUAUACAGGUGGUAACCAGUCUCAUCCGCAGUAUAAGAAAAUAUAUGAGGAGCUGGGAAUUUUAACUGCUAAAGUGAAAACCCUUGGCUAUACUCCAGACUUCAGUUUUGUGUUGCAAGACGUUGAGGAUGAUGAGAAGGAACAGAUUCUUGCAAGUCACAGUGAAAGGUUUGCAGUCGUGUAUGGACUUCUCAAUACUCCUCCUAAAAGUUCAGUAUGUAUUUUCAAGAAUUUACGCAUAUGUGGUGACUGCCAUAAUGUCAUCAAGUUUAUGUCAAUGGUGACUGAGAGAGAAAUUGUGGUGAGAGACUCCAAUCGCUUUCACCAUUUCAAGGAUGGGAUUUGUUCUUGUGGGGAUCAUUGGUGACUGUACACCUUGAUUAUGAAUUUAGAAGGUCCACUGAAGGAUUCAUCCAUUCCUCUAUAACCUCUGUGUAAAGAUAUCACACUUUCUUGUUUUGAGAUGUUAAAUCCAGGCUACAGCUGGCGGAUCAGGACUUAGAAAGACAAAUGGGUGCAGACACAGUGCAUGUGGUAAGGAAAGCUACACAACCAAAAAUUCCACUGAUUGUUUUUCUUCUCCAGGAGGAGAGAGUGUUCAAGGCAGGAAUGCAGGAUAUAUUCUUUGUAUACUUGUGAUGCAAGAGGAUUUUGCUAAGGGGUCAUAGAUAGCAGCAACAGCAAAGAAGUGGAAGUUGUUCGAAGGAACUAGCAGAGAUCUGAGAAGAACUAUUCUGCGCGAAGAAAGAAAUAAAUCUCCUUACAAAGCAAAUAUCUGAGGGCAGUGAAUAUCUGUGCGAUGCUCAAACAUUAAUGACUAACUUACUCAGGGAUAAGGAACGAUGGAAGAUUGGGGGCUGUUUUGGGAAAAAAUGCGCGAAGAUACCAGGCGUUUGUGCGAAAGGAUACGCAAAAUAAGCCCGCAAAGAAACAAUCGGCACUCGCAGAAAGAGUCGCGAACUAAUUCGCACUCGCAGGAGUUGCAGAAAGAGUCGCGAACUGUUUCGCACUCGCGAAAGAAGCCGCACGAAGAAGUGGGGAAGCUCGCGGAAAAGGAUAAGCGAGGAAAAAUGGAGAAAGAGAAACGCUCAACCCUAGAAAAGGAAAAGCGCUCAAACAUGGAGAAGGAGAAGAGCUCAAAACCAGAGAAAGAGAAGUCCUCAAACCUGGAGAAGGGGAAGCCCAAGCCGUGACAAAAAUGUCGUAGGCGAGGACGGUCAAGGACUGUGCGUCGCUGCUUGAAUUCGAAAAGGAAAUACCCUUCUCAGUCACAAGAUACUUCUUCCGGUCCUCUGGUUUUGACUAGAGCAGACAAGUCCAGUUCGAAAUCUUUAUUUGAAUUUCCAGAGUCGCAGCAGAAUUUGGUUAUUCAGCAGCACACCUAUGGAGAAGAGGAAUUCAGUGAUAAACUAUCAGUUACUCUUGAACCUGAAGAUGGAACAGUUGUUGGAUUCUCCAGAAGUAAGAUGUUUUCCAAAUACGAUCUUGACCAGUCAGGCCUUGAAACCAAUAGGUUCAAGCUUCUUUAGGUAUGCGAUAUUUCUUCUCAUCUUGCACAGAAGAGGAACUGGCCAAAUGUCUGCAAGACUGAUAUGAUGUAUCGCCAUUCAUCAAACUUUGUGUUGGAAGGAUUGAACAUCGUUUCUAUUGUUGAUUUGGUUCUCCAACCAUGUCCUUUGGGAACUUCUGAAAAUGGGUUACUUAAAAUCGAGGACAUAGUUUUAGGGAAUUCAUGCUUGGAACGAAAGAGAUCUAGUCCAGUGGUUCUUAAGGAUCGGGUUCAUCUUUUUUCUUGGGAAUCAUAUGCCAUUAUUCAAAUUGGGGUAGUGAUUUCACAUGGAGGUCCUCUAAAUUGGAGGGAGGGUGUGAGCAGAGGAAGGCUUGCUAUUGCUGACAAAGGGGCUGAAAUAGCAGUACCUAAUCAGAAAUUGAUUGCUGAGAAGCAUCUUAUCACCAUGUUUCAAGCAAUACUAUUCCCCAGUUGUUUCCUUUGUUCUUGUGAAUCUGAAGGGAAGGGAUCCAAGUACCCUUGAUUCCUCCACCAAUUUGUGGGUUGGUUUUUUAACAGGAGCACUCAGAAUUUCAGAUUCUUUAAAUGAGAAAACAGUGGAAAAUUUUGUGGAACAACAUAAUGAAGCAAAUGAAAAGGUGAAAUUAGAACAGGGUUGGAAAAUGGCCAUGUCGUAUAAUGGUGAUAGAUCUGUCUACGUGCAAGAAAACCAAUUUUGGAACUUUUACAUGGGAGAUGAGCUUUCAUGUUCUUUAGUUAUGAGAACUGCAGCUGGAAUUAUGCAUCUCAUUACUUGCUUGCUAAAACCUUUGAGGUUUUCCUUGUCAAAUGAGGUAAGUAAAGAAUUAAAAGAGGAAGAAGUUGAAAGGUAUGUAAAGGAGCUUGCAUCCAAUACAGUAUUGGUAUCAGAGACUGGAAAAUAUGAGGAGCUGCAGAAAAGUGAAGAAAUAUUUUUACUAUCAAGUGCUGGAAAGAGACUGAAUUGAAUGAAUCUUCACUGCUGAUUUCUUCUGCUACUGAAAGUUCUGAGAUCUUAAAAGAUCUCGUACGAAAGUCCCUAGUCCAUCAACCAGUCAAGUAUUGGGAAGGGAGAGGCACAAGGAUGAAGAGGAAGCAGAAGAUCUUGGCUGCUUCCUAUCGCCCACCUUGAGGGCAAGGUGGAUGUUUAGGGGGGGAGAUAUGUUAGGGACCCGGUAGAAUAAGAGUAAAUAAGAAAUGUAAUAGAUAGAGUAGUUGAUAAGGAUGUACAAUAAUACAGAAGAUUAUAGAAGAAGAUUCAAGAAAACUAACUGCAAUUUUAUUAGAGAAGAAGAACAGUAAUCGUAACAAAUGGCCGAAGCCCCCAGUUGAGCCGAAGCCCCCCAAAGAAAGAGAAUAGUUCUCGAUCUCCCAAAGUCCCAAAGUCAAAGUCUAAAAACAGCCUCCUAAAUCUCCCCUGCUAUCUUCUAUUUAUACUAAACUAAUACACUUUAUUCUUAUUAAUACUCUAAUAGGCCCGGUCUUUUAUUCUUAGUAUCUAUAGGCCCGGUCCCUAACAAUACUCCCCCCUUAAACAUCCACCUUGCCCUCAAGGUGGGUGAUAGGACAUAGCCACCAAUUUCUUCUUUUCUUUCAUCCUAGCACCCCUCCCUCUCCAAUACAGAUUUGUCUUCUGGAUCUUUUGCUUUACUACUUCCAUCUUCCACUCUAUGUAAUUCAUAGCAUAGUUCCACAGAGGCCAGAAAAUUUGAUCCAAAACUUUGAUUCCUGCAGAUUUUUGGAAGACCCAGGUGCGGCCUGCUGCAAUAUAGGGGACAACUACUUCAUGCUUUUGAUCAGUAUGAACAUAUCUUCCUUCAACAUCCUGUUCACUUGAUGAUUCAUCUCCUUGUAAAAUCACCUUCUGCCCUUGUACUUCCCAUUUUAAGGUCUGACUUUGGAAGUUAAUCUUCGUGUCUCCCAAUCUUGUUAGCCAGUCCAUUCCCAAGACUAAAUCCAUGCUCCCCAGCUCCAAUAAGUAAUAAGUUUGGUGAAUACUAAUUCCUUGCACAUUCAGAUCUACAUCUGCACACCUGCCACAGAUUUGAAUACAUUCUCCAUUCCCUAACUGCACCCUAUUUCCCUGAAAAGGAGUAUAAGGAAUCCUCCACUUUUCCACCAAGCUUAGUGACAUAAAAUUGUGUGUAGCACCUCCAUCAAUGAGUACAUUUACUGUGUUUUCACCUUCAUGCCAUCUCAGUUUACCUGUCACCUUAAAUGUUUUCACAGGGGUUUUGUCUAUCUCAUCACUUAAAAAAAACUGCAUGGUCUUCAAUUCUAGAGGUGUGGUCUUAUCCCUGCUAGAUUCCAGUAAUUCAACUUCAGAAUCAGCUUCACCCUCUGAAUUCUCCACUAGGAUCAUUUUAUAGUUCCUCAUCUUGCAGACAUGUCCUCUUCCCCAAUUUUCACCACAUUUAAAACAGAGUCCUUUCUUGCUUCUGUUUAAUAGUUCUUCUUGGGAUAGUCUGGGACUUGCCUCAUUAGAUACGCAUCUUGGACUUUCUUUCCUGCUUUCAUCUCCCCAUUUCUGGCCUGAAGAUUUGAUGAUAGGAGUAUUCUGCCAUUUCCUCCUUCCUUCAUCCUUAUUUUUCACAAAGAAGGUUUCAGAAUUCUUGUUCUCAAUCGCGGAUGCAGUAUCCAUAACUUCUGCCAGCGUCCUAGUUCGAUGUAACUUCAAUUCUGCUCUUAUAUCUCUUUUCAACCCCUUAAGAAAGGCUCCUCUCAAGACUUCUUCAGUUAAGUGGCCUUGUGAAGCGAUAGCCUUUUCAAAUUUAUUUCGGUAUUCCUGAAUUGUGUCCUUCUGCUUCAGGCUAAACAGAGGCCCUAGUGGAUCCUGUACCAUAUCAGGUUGAAAUCGCUUGGUCAAAGCUUGAGUAAAAGAGUCCCAGUUUUGAUGCGUAGCCUGUCUCUCCCACCAUUGAAACCAGCUGAGAGCUUGGUCCUCCAUGGCUACUACAGCGACAUCAAUUUUCUGUUCCUCUUCAGUUUGAUUCAAGCGAAAAUAUCGGUUCAUUCUAACCAACCAUCCAGAAGCAUCUUCUCCAUUAAAAAUAGGUAAGUCGAUCUUUCUACCUGUAUGAUGAAGAUGACGUUCCCUGUGAUAAUGGCGGUGUUGAUGUCGACGUGGAGGAGAAUAGUCGGAAUUGUUUUCCGAUCCCUCUGAACUUGCCGAUUGUCGCGAACGAUGAUGGUGAGGUGAUCGAUGAUGGUGAGAAGUGUGAUGCGAUGUAGAUGUGUGAUGCGAGGCAGAUGAUCGAUGCGAGGCAGAUGAUCGAUGCAACCUACUUCUUGAUCGAUCCGUUUUUUGAUUUUUUAACUCGGCAAAUCCAGCUUGCAUCAUCGCCAGCAAUUCUUCGUACUUCGUAUCCAUCUUCGCACCUAAUUCCCGCUGACCUCGCUCGACGUUCUGUUCCAUUUCUGCCAUCCUGCCUUCCAUUUCCUUCCUCGUGCCAACCAUUCACAACUACAACCAGUCUCUGAUACCAAUGAUAAGGAUGUACAAUAAUACAGAAGAUUAUAGAAGAAGAUUCAAGAAAACUAACUGCAAUUUUAUUAGAGAAGAAGAACAGUAAUCGUAACAAAUGGCCGAAGCCCCCAGUUGAGCCGAAGCCCCCCAAAGAAAGAGAAUAGUUCUCGAUCUCCCAAAGUCCCAAAGUCAAAGUCUAAAAACAGCCUCCUAAAUCUCCCCUGCUAUCUUCUAUUUAUACUAAACUAAUACACUUUAUUCUUAUUAAUACUCUAAUAGGCCCGGUCUUUUAUUCUUAGUAUCUAUAGGCCCGGUCCCUAACAGUAGUAUAAAUAGAAGGGGAGUGGGCAAUAAAGAGUAGGCUUUUGGACUCUUUGUCUUGGGAAGACUGAGACUAAUAAUCUCUUUCUUUGGGAGCUUCCGCUUUUGGGGGCUUCGGCCAUAGUUUCUUGUUACAUGUACUUAAUCAAUAAAGUUGCAGAUUGUUAGUUUGAUACUUUCAGAGAUUUAAUUGUAUAUUUGAGCUAGUUCUAACAAAACCACAUUCAUUGUAAGCAUAUAUAUUAAAAUACUAUAGGACCUAUUAAAAUUCAAUUGUUGUAAACUCCCGUUGUGGACAGGAGAAUGCCUUUUUUGAAGAACUCUUCCAAGGAAAAUUCCAUUCUAGUGUCCUAGUAUUUACGUAGUAUAUCAUCAACAUUAUCAUCAUCAUUACCUUAGUGCCAUAAAGGCUUCCACCUGCGGUUGAGUAAGGGAAGUCAGAUGUACGCAACCUUACCUUUGUACUAAAAGUACAGAGAGAUUUUUUCCGGACAACCCAUAGUGAAAAUCACUUCGGAAGAAAUUGUAUGGACUGAUGGCUGCUUCAUAACAAAGAAGUUCAAACAAUAUUGUGAGUCAUUUUGAUUUAUUCCAUCAUAUUCCCAAGCAAAAAAUAGUGGGUCUUUGUCUCCAUUGCAUAAGACAGAUAGUGUUAUCUAUCUAUUUACACAUAUUCUUUAUACCACGUAUUAGAUUUUUAACUAAAUGUAUGGCUUGGAAUUUACACAUAUAUGCUUAGUAGUUUGGUUGGUCGUGUAAUUCCCUUGUAGCAAGAACAAUUUUAUGGCGUAGAGAUGUCUCUGUUUGAAUAUAUUGCGGAGUACUAAACUUUUGUUAACUGGUAUUUCUUCAUGUCUGGAAUGAACGUAGGUGCCUAUUAGAAUUAGAUAUAUUAUAUUAUAUUAUAUUAUAAUAUAUUAUAUUAUAUUAUAUUUUGUACUCAUAUGUAACAUUAUUGAAUUAGCUAAAUUAUUUUAUAGUUUCAUACUUUCAUUAUUACAUUUGCUGAGCUGUAACUCCUAUAUAUACAUGCAUGACAUGUCAUUUAAAGAUAUACAAAUAUAGAAAAAUUCCCAUUGUUGCUUCUCUAAAAGUUGAUAGUGCCUUUUAUUAAUAAAUGAAAUAAAAUAUGAAAAAAAUAGAAUAAACACCACUCAAAUAAGAAAUUCACAUUAAUUUAACACAAGGAUAUCCACAAAUGCUCCUAAUGCAAGUGUUAGCUACCCAAACAUAACAGUCCAAGUGGCCCUGAUCUGGUUCAUAUCUCAGAGAAGACAGAAUUCUCAUACUUGUGAAGAGUGGGGGGGAAAUCUCAAAGUGUUCCUCACAGCAGAGAAGAUUUUGACAUGUAUAUAUGAAAUGCACUGUAUUUAUAAUAGAGCAUGUAUAAUAUUUCUUGGGGUAUUACUGUAUUAGUAUUUCCCUAUUGAAACUCAUAUGCCAAUUGUAUUUCCCAAAAUCAUAAUGUCAUUGGUGACUCAAGCGAGAGCGUAAUAUAUUGUGGCUCGGUGGUCAAGGUUGUAAUUACGGUUUAUUCUUCAUUUGGAACUAUUCUUUUCUCUUUUGUAUUAUUGAGAGUGUAAGGAUUUAUCUAAUCAAACCAAGCCGGCUUAGUUUCUAUGUUUUGUUGCAAGCCAAAACGUCCUAUGUGGUGCAGCCUUGCCCAGCCUUGCUGUGCACCGGUUUUGGAG